UACGUUUCAAGUCAGUCAAUGAAGCCAGUCGGUUGAACGGGAAGGAAGAAAUAGGAACAUAAAAUGAAAUUGGCAAUAAUUUGCUUAUAUCUUUUUGUAAUAUCCAAACCAAGUUGCAGCCAUGUGAUAUCGGAAGCACUGGACAUAUUACGUGUAGUAAAAGAUAUAACAGCGGACAUACUACAGAUCUGGGAUGUGGUGGAGAAGGUGCCUCAUGAUACGGAUAUCGAAUUGCCCAUAUUGCAGGACAAACAACGCAAAGUUAUGCAACGCAUCGAUCAGAUCAAUCAACAUAUAACUAAUUUGGAGAAAUGGCAAAACGAACAAAACAUCAUGAUUAUUGAGAAUUUGACAAGGAUCUUUGAGAAGCAAUCGAUGCUUUCCAUUCGACUGCAGAAUAUUCAGACAUCCACCAGAGCCAUCAAUUAUCGAUACAGCCAAUUCGAGGAUUAUCAAAAUCUCAAAAACAAAUUGGAGCCCAUCACAUUGCGGAGAUUUGCCGAAAAGAAUGUUGAUCCCGGCUCGGAUUCUUUGGAUUCCAUGUUGCAAGUUUUGUUUAAUGAUUUCUUUGGGAUCGAUAAUAAGAAUACGAAUAAGGACGACAUCGAGGAUUCCCUGUUAAACCAUCUGACGAAAAAUUAUGAAUCAUCAACGGAUCAAAUUUGUUUCCAUAAAAAAUCAGCUCAACAAUAUGCCUAUGAACUCUUUGUAAAGGUAUCUUUAACUGAACUUAAGGCCUAUACUAUGGCGGAGUUCUCCUGGAUAACUCUGCGUAGUCAGGGCUUGGGUAACUAUACGGAGGAGAUAUCCCUGAUGCGUCAGAAUCGUGAAAGUCGUCUCAAUAUGUCUCGAUUGGUCUUAAAUCAGAUCAUGUCCGACAGUCAACGUGUCUACUGGCGCUGCGAUCCCGAUGGAGGAUAUAUUUUGGGUAAAACUUAUGAUGAGAUUACUCGCUUGCUUCAGGGCUAUUUGGAAAAUGAGGUCAAUUUGAAUGAGAAUCAACAAUGCUGGAGCACUUGCAAUAAUUACUAUGAAACCCAACAAUUUGGAUGCUAUCAACCGGAAGAGGAAUAUUGCGGCAAACAGAAGAAAUGCAAUGGAAAGCUCUACAAUUGUCGUUACAUCGAUUCGGAUAUGUGGGUAUGUCCCAGUGCAGAGAACUCCACGCAUCGCUACAAGCAUAUUGAAUUUGAGAGUGGUACAAUAUUGGGUAAAAUAUUCCCACAACCCCCACCCAAUCCUGAACAAUGUCAAACGGAGAUGGAAAAGGUGGAGUCCUGGUGGCGUUAUCUACUUUGGCACUGCUCGUAUUGCUUCUGCUUAUGCGAUGAGAAAGGUCCUCAAUCGGACCGAUUCUUUAACCUUCGUGACACAAUUACCGAUUAUCAAAAUGGUCGCGUGGCCACUGGGAUCCGUUUUGUCAAGAGUCAAAGAGUUUUUCAUUUGCAAUUGCAGCAGGGACAGCUUCUGCCCAAUGGUGCCAUCAAUGGAUCAUCACUUGAAUGGCUGCCCAUUGAUUCAUAUGACCCGGACAAUGUGGAUGUUCGUAAUGGAAUUGACUAUCACAUCCUCUCCUUUGAUAGUCGCACUCUAGAUCUGGAUGAGGUCGUCUCGGAAUCGCAUAGCAGCGAUCAUGUGGUCACCGGUGUGCGCCUUCGUAUGCUUGGCAAACAUCUCAAUUUGGAAGUACGUUUCAGUGAAUAUAAUUUUACUACGGGUCGCCUGCUGGAUGCCAAGAACAAAAGCUUUUGGUUAAGUAACGACAACACCGAUGUAUCUGGCACAAAGAGACGUCAACGAUUGUGGCUCAAUAAUCCCGACUUACCCAUCAAUUCCAAAUUAAAAUCACUGCCUCUUUCAUCAACCAAUCAAUUCAUGGAUUUCUUCGCUUCCAGCCCAGAGUCGGAUGCUUCGCAAAGUACUGUGCCAUUUAUUGAUAUUCAGGAUGUGGUACCCAAUCCAGUGGUUCCACUAACUGGCCUGGGUCUAUAUCAUAAGGGACGUGAAGGUUUUGGUGGCUUCUUUGCACCCAAAGUAAUUACCUAUGACAUAUCCAAGAAUUUUUUGAAACAACUUAAUUAACUUUUGACUGAUAUAAUACUCUCUUUAAUUUUUUUCUACUCAUUUUUUGUAAUAUGUCAAAAUCAUACUAAAAUAAACAGCAACAAAAAUAUUAA